UUCUCGAUCUUGUCUUGACGAAGCAUCCGGUUAUUUGAAAUACAUUUUUCGUUAUCUCUAUUUUCUACUAAUAUCACUUCUUUGUUGAUAGAUUCAUCAAUACAUGAGAUACUGAUACUAAACAAAGAUGUCCAAGUUAACAAUUUCCAAUUCCGGAAAGAAUUUUUUAAAAUCUAGCUCCAUCUUCAUCACGCAAGUGGCUAAUAUCAGCAUUAUUGAAUACCGCCUCAUCGAAAAUCAAAGGAUGUAUAUUUUGUACCGUGAAUGAUGAUAAAUUUAUUAAACUCCUGUGUCACUUUAUCAGAUUUCCGCGCAACAUUAUGUUCUGUAGUGGAAUCAGUCAUCAGUAAAAAUGUUCAUGUGAAUGAGUUCGACUCAUCAUUAUCAUUUCAUAUUCCUCAUAAUCACCUACUGAACUUAUUAAAGCAACUGAUUUAUGAUUCUUACAAUAUUCUUCAGUUUUUUGGGUGGGAAUCUUAAGAAGUUGCUUCUUUGAUUAAAUAAUACUUCUUAUUUUUUUAAUUUACGAUCAAGCAAAUUAAAUUAAUAAAAGACAAAUGCGGAAAAUCGAGUUAUUAUAUGAGAAUUUUAUUAACGGUGU